GGGGGGUGGGUAGUCGCCUCACCGUCAGCCUCCCUCAGCCACUUCGCCCUCACCCCUCACGGCGCUGGUUCCAGUCCCCCCCCUUCCCCCGUGCUCUUAGUGAAGUCUCCGGUCCUGUGCAGUGGACAAGAGAGACGCGGGUUGGUUGCGGCGGCGGUGGUGGAAGUUACAAGAAGCCCAAAGGCAGUCGACGGGGGUAUCUCUCGGUGUGAAGACGAAGAGGCUGUUGGAUCAUCAUCAUCAUCAUCCUCCUCAUCCUCCCUCAAGCCGCCUCGCCGCCCUAGCAGCAUGCCCAGCACGAUGGAGACCGGAGCACAGGGAGGGGGCAGCUGGCCCCGGGACGUCGGCAUCCUGGCGCUGGAGGUGUACCUGCCAGCGCAGUGCGUGGACCAGGCGGAGCUGGAGAGCUACGACGGAGUGCCGGCCGGCAAGUACACGGUGGGCCUGGGCCAGACGCGAAUGGGCUUCUGCACCGACCGCGAGGACAUCAACUCGCUGUGCCUCACGGUGACGCAGCGGCUCAUGGAGCGCGCGGGCCUCAGCUACGGCAGCAUCGGCCGGCUCGAGGUGGGCACGGAGACGCUGGUCGACAAGUCCAAGUCGGUGAAGACCGUUCUCAUGCAGCUCUUCGAGGAGUCGGGCAACACCGACGUGGAGGGCAUCGACACGACCAACGCUUGCUAUGGCGGCACAGCCGCCCUCUUCAACGCCGCCAACUGGGUCGAAUCCAGCGCCUGGGAUGGUCGCUUUGCCCUGGUGGUGGCCGGAGACAUCGCGGUGUACGCGACGGGCAGCGCACGCCCCACCGGCGGCGCCGGCGCUGUCGCCAUGCUGGUGGGCCCCAACGCCCCGCUGGUCAUCGAGAGAGGCGUGCGCGCGACGCACAUGCAGCACGCGUACGACUUCUACAAGCCGGACAUGCUGUCCGAGUACCCGGUGGUGGACGGCAAGCUGUCCAUCCAGUGCUACCUCAACGCCCUAGACCGCUGCUACCACACGUACCGCCGCAAGGUCCAGGCGCAGUGGCAGAAAGACGGGGAAGAGCGGCACUUCACUCUGGCCGACUUUGACCACAUGGUGUUCCACUCGCCCUACUGCAAGCUCGUGCAGAAGUCGGUCGCUCGCCUCGCCCUCAACGACUUCCUGUCGGAGCCGAGCUCCGACACGGAGCAGGGCCCAUACGCCGGCCUCGACGCCUUCAGGACGGUGAAGCUGGAGGACACGUACUUCGACCGCGACGUUGAGAAGGCCUUCAUGAAGGCCAGCUCCGAGACGUUUGUCCAGAAGACGCAGCCUUCGCUGCUUGUCUCCAACCUCAACGGGAACAUGUACACGCCCUCCGUCUACGGGUGCCUGGCCUCGCUGCUAGCGCAGAACUGUGCGCAGGCGUUGGCGGGGUCUCGUGUUGGCGUCUUCUCCUACGGCUCCGGCCUCGCCGCUUCCAUGUACUCGCUGCGAGUAUCGUCGGAUGCCACGCCAGGCUCGAGUCUGGAGCGCCUGUUGUGCUCCCUGUCGGACCUGCCCGCGCGCCUCUCCGCGCGCACCUGUGUGCCGCCCCAGGACUUCGCUUCCGCCAUGAAGCUCCGUGAGGAGACGCACCACCUGGCCCCCUACACCCCCCAGGGCGCGCAGGAGGGGCUCUUCCCCGGCACGUGGUUCCUGGUGCACGUGGACGACAAGCACCGGCGGCGGUACGAGCGGCGGGCCCUCGCCCAGGACGGGCCCCUCGACCUGUCGCCCGUCGCCAGCGCCACGCCCGUGCCGCCCGAGGUGUCCAGCAGUCCGCUCAAGAAGGUCCCGCGCACGCCGGGCGCCGGAGGCGAGGGAGCCGCAGUGGAGAGCAACGGAGAGCACUAAGGGGGGGCGAGUAGAACGGCGAACUCCCCUCGCUCGCCUCGCCCUGUCCAAUCGCUUCACCUGUACGCGUCCCGUUCGGCCUGUAACGAUUCCCCCCCCCCCCCCCCCCACGCGGGUUCGUGUGUUCUAACGUCGUCGCGUGACGGGUCGUGGCCCGGUAUUUACAUGGCAAGUCGGUUUGAAAUCGACCGCCCGGUCCGCUCCGUCUCCUGACCCCCGCCGCCUUUCUUUCCCCACUUUUCCCUUGCCGGAGUCAUCUUCUCCCCCACCACCUCACCCCUACCCCCCCUCGUCAUCUUUCGCCCCGUCCCCUCACCUCACCCGCUCGCCUCUCUGCUUAUCUGCCAUCGUCGCCCUGCUGCUGCUUGUUUAGAGAAACCCACGUUCCUGCCGUCCCGUGCGGUUUACCCCGCUGCCCGCUGCUGAUGCCAGGCCCAGUCUCAAAAAACAAAAAAAAGGCCAGGCUGUGACUGCAAGCGGUGCAGACGCACGUGCCCCCAGUCAUCACGGAUCGAUUGCUACCGAGGUUAGAGAGGGGGGAAAAGAGCGCUUUUACCGUUGGAAGCAUGAAGCUGCAUUUCAUUUGUACUGUAUAGCACAAACGUAUCUUGUGAUUACCACGAGCACGUGACGAACUUGUAUAUAUUAUAAUAAUAGUAGUAAUAUCUCUUUGGUUGCUGUAGAUGUGCGUGCCGAUUGCCGCCCCCCCCCCCCCCGUCCUGUGUUUGCGACGUCUCUCCCGACUGUUCCUCUGCCCGGAGAGUGCGGCGCGUGGUACUGUCGGCUGCGGAUAGCAAAGUCUGGUCCACCACAGUAAAAUCCCAUUUACUCUCGA